AAUACAAAACUCAUGUAAUCUAUAUAAACUUGUCAUGUGUAUAUAUAUAUAUAUAUAAAUCAAAAUCAUUAGAUCAAACCAUCAUUACUUUUUCAUACAAGCUAUUGUCCUAAUUUACUCUUUGAAAAUUACAAGAAAUCAUCGACAAUGAGACCUUACGGAAGAACUGGGGGCCAACCAUAUCGGCAACCGUAUCGGCAACCAUAUCGGCAACCUUAUCGGCAACCCUCUCGACAAACUCAUGAGACAUUUAAGCCAAGAUCGGAGUGGAAAUAUGAGGAUGAUGCGACUCUUCUUCUUCUUCAUCUUCCUGAUUUUGGAAGUGAGCAAAUAAAAGUGGACUUCACAUAUAAUGAGGAUACAUCCCUUGGAUUAAAAAUUCAAGGGCAGCGGCCGCUUCCAAAUGGAAGGUGGAGCCAAUUCACUGAAGUUUUCAGAGUUCCUGAGACCUGCGACGCCAGUAAAAUCACUAGCCAGUUCGGGCGGGAAGUUCUCACUGUCGUCAUGCCUAAAUUAAUUGUCCCUAAGCCGGAAGAUCAACAAAUCGCAGAGCCGCCGGAGAAAACCCAAGAGAGAAAAUCUCCCAGCCCUCAAGCGUCUACUUCAGAGAGACCUCCGAGCCCCAAAACAACGACAGAGAGAUUAACUCCUUCCAGCACUGACUCGUCGAGUUCUGAAAGUAGUUCUGGCAGUGAAAGUCCUCUGCAGAGUCCUCGGAAAGGUGAGAAAAAAUUAACGGAAACAGUAACGGCUCAUACAGCAACUAGUGAUGAAACAACACGAAAGGGUGAAGUUAAAAGUACUUCUUUGGAAGCUGCUGUUGUGGGAAAACUUGGAGAAGAUAAGCCAUUAGUUGAAGAGAAGUCUCAGAAGGCACGUCAUAAUGGCAGUUCUUCAGCAGGUACUACAUUGGUUGAUGAAAAGAAGGAAACGAAGGGAGUUGAUCAUGAUCAAUCAGAAAAGUCGAUGCCGGAGAAAAAUAAAGUUGAGGAGGUUAAGGGUAUAAUGCAAGGCAAAGAAUUGGCUGCAGGGUCUGAAGAGAAGAAGAAAGGUGAAGAUGAUGAUGAUGAUGAUAAGAAAAGUGGAAAGAAAGGUGAGAAUGGGGUUGAACAAAUGAACAAACGUGAAGAAGAGAAGAAAAAUGAUAAGAAAGGAGUCGCUGAAAUUGAAGAGAGGAAAUUGCUGGUGAAUAUGGGGACUGCACUGCUGGUGCUUGCGGCUUUUAUUUCCUACAAGAUUACUUCAUCUGGAAAACCCUGAAAAUUAAUUUCUUAAAUUGCAAAUUAUAUAUACUUAAUAAUACGUGUUUAUCAUGUCUUCAUUUCUAUUAUGUAAAAAGCAAUGCAGCCAAUGUAAACCGAAGACGAUCCAAUAAAUAAUUUGUUUUUAUUUUUUA